ACUAAGAGCGUGCCCGAAAUUCAAAUAUGGUCUAUUCUCUACACAAUCAUGCUCAAAUAAGUGAUAAUUAUCAGCUGCUUAGGAGCUUGUACAAACAGAGGCGUGCAUUUUCACCUAUCAAUUUCUGCCUGGUGAACCAUGGGAGUCGACGCUAGCAAAAUUGAGUUGCCGGAGAAGAAAUGGAAAAGGCCGGAACAGUUUUCCAAGCCGCAGAUUUGGCUCGAGAAGGAUGGCAUUGUGGUGCGAGACAUCACGCCCGAUUUGCAGCCUUUUGUCCUCGAGCACAUGGGAACGGUUUACCUCCGAGAUGAGCCGAUGAACCAGAGUAUGGGCACCAUUGACGAUCCGGCCACUGUUCAGGAGCAACUCGCCAUAUGGCAGGCUACCACAUAUCGCGACGGAAUUUCUAUCGUUGCCUUGGAAAAGGGCACCCCAGGUGCAAACAUGGAUCUAGUUUCAAAGGAAAAUCCACCAGUGAUUGUUGGUGUAAGCCACCUUUUUGUUUCCUCCAAGGGCGACCCUGUUCCACCAGGCAACGUUUCGGAUAAAAUCCAGAGUGAUAAAGUUUUAAAAAUAUUUAAAUCCUUCAAGGAAAUCAACAAAGUAGCCAACGUUUUUGAAAGCUAUGGAGUUGACCACUACAUCGAGGGUGCUGGCUUGUCCGUGUCACCUGAGUGGCGGGGAAAAGGUAUCGGGCAAUUACUAAUGCAGGCCAGAUACACCCUGAGCAGGGCUAUGGGCAUACCAAUGACCAGGACCAUUUUCACGGCCGUCCAGUCGCAGAAGGUGGCUUUGAAAGGAGGAUUUGAGGAGCUUGGACAUGUUUUGUACACCGACCUAAAAGAAGAGGACGGCCAGCCAAGGUUCCCCAAGAUGCCACCACACCAAACAAAAAUAUCAUUGAUGGCCAAGAGAAUAGAAUACUUAUAAAAUGUAUCACAUUAGGAAAAGUUAAGCUUGAAAAAAAUCAAUUUGUUUUAAAAGCAAAAACUAGCAAAAGUAUAUUAUUUAUAAACCUCAUAAUGUAAAAAUGGUUUACUACCAUUAGUUUAUUGGCUAUAAAAAUUAAAAUAAACCUAUAGAUGUAAAAUUUAAUGCUAAUUUUAAUUUGUUUUCCCUAAAGCCUAGCUGUGCGUGCAAUAUAAUUGUAAGCAAAAUAAACUGCUUCAUCAUCUCA